AUGGCGACGGCAGAAGGCGGCGGGGCGGCGGCGGCAGCUGAGCCUCUGCCGCGCUGUGCGGCUGAACGGGGAUCGGCGUCCGUCAGUCACCGCCGGCUGCGCGGGGAAGAAAAGGCGGGGAAUGGAGAUGCUGAGGAGAACAGAAAUGCUUUGUUUGCGUGCAGCUGCUCCCCCGGAGCGUCGUGGCAGGCCUUUGCAGGCCUGGCAGACGUGUCCAUAGCUGAGGACAUCCCGGUGGAAGGGGAGAUCACGGUUCCCGUGGGGUCCCAUUCCCCAGAGGAAGAUUUCUCCACGCUGGAUGAACCCGUCAGGGACACCAUUCUGAGAGAUCUGAAGGCUGUUGGGAAGAAAUUUGUCCAUGUCAUGUAUCCAAGGAAGAGCAGCGCGCUCCUCAGGGACUGGGAUCUUUGGGGGCCUUUGGUGCUUUGUGUCUCACUUGCUCUGAUGCUGCAGGGGGGAUCAGCAGACAGCAAGGAGGACGGAGGGCCCCAGUUUGCUGAGGUCUUCGUCAUCAUCUGGUUUGGUGCCGUUGUCAUCACACUAAACUCAAAGCUCCUGGGAGGAACUAUAUCUUUUUUUCAGAGCCUGUGUGUUCUGGGUUACUGCGUCCUGCCCCUGACGGUGGCGAUGCUGGUGUGCAGGCUGGUGCUGCUGGCAGGCUCUGGCACUGUCAGCUUCAUCGUACGCCUGAUUGUAGUGAUUGCUAUGUUUGCCUGGUCCACGUUAGCAUCCACAGCCUUCCUGGCUGACAGCCAGCCUCCGCACCGCAAGGCGCUGGCCGUGUACCCCAUCUUCCUCUUCUACUUCGUCAUCAGCUGGAUGAUUCUCACCUUCACACCCCAGUGACGUCCGGUCAGAGGAGACUGUGUGACACAGCCUGAAGUCUUGCACGGACGCUGCAGUUGAUGUCGGCUUUGUCUCUUGUUAAUUUGUCUAUGGAGGUGGUCUAACGAGGCUGCUUGUGGGAUAAAGCCAAGAACUGCAAGACUGGUCGCGUGUCCUUGAGAGAGAUGGAAGUCCGGCUACUGAGUUUUUUUUGUUUAAUUAGCCCUGCUCUUUAGUUGUGUUGAAUAAGAAAUGCACACUGUGACAGGGAAUAUUCUGCCUGAGGAACGGAGGGAGAGGUCUUGGGACUUCAGGAGCCUGAUGGUGAAGUUACAGGAUCGCACUGCCUGGCAGGGUUCUUGCUCACGCUUGGAUUCUUGCUCAGGGCAACAUGCCUUACAUUACUGUUAUGUGUUGGGUGGGUAAGGAGGAAUUUGUUUGACUACUGUCCUUUUUUGUUCACUUACAGAGUGGUGAAAUGUAUAUAAAAUGCAUCACAAGACUGCAAGCUUUCACUUUGAAAUCAGAUCUCAGCAAAAAAGAAGUCGGGUCCAGUUUGCUGUUAGCUGGAGCUGGGCAGAAGGGGACUGACUGCCUUUGCUCCUGUUAACGUUCUCUGUAUUUAUUAUCUGCCCUCUUCAGCACCAAGAAGUGUGUUUUAGCCAAAUGUUUCCAACUCUGUGGCAAUGCUGACUAAUCCACACAUCCAGUGAGGGGGGGCUUAAGUAGAUAAUUACCAAUCUUAUUGUGUUCCUCGAGAUUAAGAAGUCCCGGGAAAACAGUGAAGGCUGCUUUGCAGCAGGGCCCUGCCUGAUACUCUGUAUCCAUUAGAGGUGGAAGUAGAAGCGUCUGGGAGUACAGAAUGUAUCUCUGAAAGAUGAUUGAGACGUUGAGAGUUGAAGUGUUUUGAUGGUAAGACAGCAAACCAGGUGUGGGUCUGAAAGUUUUAGAGUGGGUUGGCUGGAGGAAGGAAAAUAAAUCCAGAGAAGGUGGUGGCUGUUAUGAAGCAGGACACAAAUUCUGAUCCAGGUUGCUUGUAUGUGACAUUCAUUUGUUUACAUGGUUGGUGUUUCCACAUAAAUGCAAGCAGAUCUGCGUAUUGUUCCUUUGUACCUAGAAUGAAAUGUGAGAAACUUUUCUAUAUUUUCUUUCUCAACACUUUUUAUAAAAGGAGGGGGGGAGUUUUCUUCUCCAGUAGGACGUCUCCUGCCUGGAGAGCCCUGUGCAAAUGCCUGUCAUUUACAGUUCAGCUUAGGGCUUGGCUGAGGGCUGGCACUUUGUUGCUGAAGAUUGUACAGAAGUUCUUGGUGUUGCCUGCUGUUCUCAGUAAGCAGGCCGAGGGGCAGCUCUGGGGGUGGAAGAGCUGCUGUGAAAAUGUCUUUUUUUUCUUUGUCUGAAAAUGGGCUUUGGAUUUUCUUCUGUACCAAUGCAGGUGGACCCAAAGCUGAUGUAAGCGGGUCCUGUUAAAGUGUAAAUACACCUAAUUUGUAUUUAUGGAGAAGACUGCCCUUUUCUGCUACAAACACUGCAAAUACUUGGUAAUUGGGGUGGGAUUGCUGAACGUGCUGAGCAGCGUGAUGUUGCACUUUGAGAGGGUGGAGAAGAGGAAAGGAAGAAAUCAGGUGCCUGUGGGAGCUCUGGGCUGUUGCAGAGCAGGCGGCAGCGGGCGCCUGGGGCUGAGAGCAGCUGUGCUGCAGGAGGAGCUGUGAUGUUUCGUAUGCUUGGGUGUCAAAUGAGGAUGGGCAUUCUUUUAAACAGCCAUUAAAUUAUUGCUGUUAAGGGA